AUGUCAUCAAUGUCAGUAUCAUCAUUAAAAAAAGCCGUGGCCCAGACAUUCGAUGCAAUUCGACAAAAAAAACCAAUAAUCUAUCAGAUUAUGAAUCAUGCUAUGAUAAAUCAAACCAGCAAUGCUGCAACCCAUGUUGGUGCUAAAUCAUUAAUGGCACAUGCGGUCAAAGAGGUUGAGGACAUGGUUACACUGGCUGAUGCGCUUGUAAUCGAUUGCAGCAUACUGAAUGAUCUAUGGAUUCAAGGGAUGUAUCUUGCAGGACAGUGUUCUAAUGCCCAGGAGAUUCCAAUCGUAUUUGAUCCAGUUCUAGUUGGAGCUACGACCUAUCGCACGGAAGUUAUUCUACAAUUACUGAAUUCUCUCGAUAUUGCCAUUCUGAGAGGUAACUCGAGCGAGAUUCGACAUAUUUACAAUGCAACAGUUCAUAUUCAUGAAGUUGACUCCAGCAUCGACGUACUCGACCCAGGUGAGAUCGUGCGUCAGUUAGCUCAGAAGAGAAAUGGAAAGACUAUUGUGGCACUUAGUGGUCCUAAGGACUAUGUUUCUGAUGGGCAACAGAUUGUGGUAAUUAAGAAUAAUUGUGGACGCCUUAAUCAACUUACCGGUAUGGAAUGUACAGUGAGUGCUCUGAUGGCUUGCUUUGCUGGUGUCACUAACAAUUAUUUGGUUGCAGCUGUCGGUGGUUUCGCUGUCAUGGGUGUAUGUGCGGAACAGGCUACAUUCGACGCCUCAGUUCAUGGAACAGCAAGCUUUCAAGUGGCUCUAUUCGAUCGAUUGAGUACUCUUACUGGUAGCGAAUUAGAGUCAUUGAUGCGCAUCGAUUUUAUUGAUAAUUAA